GCCUCGGUCAGCCAUAUUGUGCUUUUGCAGUGAGGUUGGGGUUGGUGGGAAGAUAUAUAUAUAAAUAAUAAAAAAAAUCUCAAAAAGGCAAUUCUGCAGAGGAGGCUCGCGCGGGGGGCAAGGGGAAGAAGUUUGGUUUUCUUUGAAAGAGCCAACCAAAAAAAAAACCCCAAGCGAGGCAGGGAAGGAAACAAAAACAAAAAAAAACAAACAGAGAACAGACCCUAGGACGACUCAGGAGGAAGGAAAAUGGCCCGUACCAAGCAAACUGCCCGUAAAUCCACUGGUGGCAAGGCACCAAGGAAGCAGCUGGCAACUAAAGCCGCCCGUAAAAGUGCCCCAUCCACUGGUGGGGUAAAGAAGCCUCACCGUUACCGCCCGGGCACUGUGGCGCUACGAGAAAUCAGGCGCUACCAGAAAUCCACCGAACUUCUGAUCCGCAAGCUGCCGUUCCAGCGUCUCGUCCGUGAAAUUGCUCAGGACUUCAAGACGGAUCUGCGCUUCCAAAGUGCGGCCAUUGGCGCCCUGCAGGAAGCAAGUGAGGCCUACCUGGUGGGACUGUUUGAAGACACCAACCUUUGUGCUAUCCAUGCCAAGCGUGUGACCAUCAUGCCAAAAGACAUCCAGCUGGCUCGCCGCAUUCGUGGGGAGCGUGCUUAAACGUCCUGUCACCCUGGGGAGGGGGUGGGUGUGUGCGGGGCAGGGGCAGCGGGGGGCAAAUAUCCAUCUUUUCUCUAAACCAGCUUUCAGCUUCCUAACCUCUGUCUUGACCGUGCUCCCCACCCCCCGCCUUCUCUUUCCCACCCCCUCCACCCCCGACCCCAAAUAAACAAAAGAAUCGGUCUAUUCUUCCUCUGGUAGUAGUCAGUGGUUGUUUUUAUCAUUUUAUUUCCUGCAGGAGGUAGGGUGAAGGCAGGAGACUGAGUAGGACUAGAUGGUAGACAGCUAUAAUGGGAGUGGGGCUAAGGCGAGAGUGAGUGUUGGAAAUCUGGGCGAACAGAGAGGACACUGGGAUAUGGCAGAGAGGGAGGGACUGGGGUUACAAUGGGGGAAGAGUAGAGUGUGGGAAAUGGAGUGGGAGGGUCUGUGGGUUACGCUGGUGGAGUGGGGUGGGGGGUGAGGUUGGAGGAGAGUGUGGGGUGUUUUACUCAGUUGAGGACCCUGAGAUUUAACUGAUUUUAACUUGGAGGGGUAUUGGGUCAUGAGGUGGUGGAACGACCUUGAAAUGAACGUGCUGAGAGAUCUUGCUGCCUACUGUGUGAAUCUUUGAUGAGAAAAGGGAGAGAAAUUUAAAGAGCAGGCAGAUUUAUGUAAUUCUUUUUUUUUGUUUUCCAACGACGCAGCUUUGAAAAUAUUUUAAAACAGUUUUUGAUUUCUGAACAAUGCUGGCUUUUUGGAGUUUUUUUUUAUAUAGUACAAACUUUCUUAUUGGAUCUGAAAUAUAAAAUGUAAUAUUUUUCAUAAUGUAGAUCCCAUUGUUUGCUUUACUUUUUAUGAGACUUUUUUUGUUGUAUUUAGUAACUAUUUUUAAAUAUUUGUGUGCCCUCUUGUGCUGUUUCCGAUAACAUUUUCCUAUUAAAGUAUUUGAAACAUAA